AACCCCCAAACGGCCAAACCGCGUGCGUGGUCGUCGACUUCCCCGAUCAAAAUCGUAUCCAAUUCCCCGAUCGCUCCGGCAAAAUCCCCAUUCGCUCCCCUCCUCCCCACUCCUCGCCGCCGCAAAUCCCACCUCGAUCUGCCGCCGAUCUUCCCCAAACCCUCGCCGAAUCCCAGAUCCAGCCCAGCCCUCCAGACGCUCGCCCGCCGGCCGCCAUGGGGAACCCCGAGAAGCUGAUGAACCAGAUCUUCGACCUCAAGUUCACCUCCAAGUCGCUGCAGCGGCAGGCGCGCAAGUGCGAGAAGGAGGAGAAGGAGCAGAAGCUCAAGGUGAAGAAGGCGAUCGAGAAGGGCAACAUGGACGGCGCCCGCAUCUACGCCGAGAACGCCAUCCGCAAGCGCACCGAGCACAUGAACUACCUCCGCCUCGCCUCCCGCCUCGACGCCGUCGUGGCGCGCCUCGACACGCAGGCCAAGAUGCAGGUCAUCGGCAAGUCCAUGCAGUCCAUCGUCAAGUCGCUCGACUCCGCGCUCGCCACCGGGAACCUCCAGAAGAUGUCCGAGACCAUGGACAACUUCGAGCGCCAGUUCGUCAACAUGGAGGUCCAGGCCGAGUUCAUGGAGGGCGCCAUGGCCGGCUCCACCUCGCUCUCCACGCCCGAGACCGAGGUCAACAGCCUCAUGCAGCAGGUCGCCGACGACUAUGGCCUCGAGGUCUCCGUCGGCCUCCCGCAGGCCGCGGCGCACGCCAUCCCUGCUGCCAAGGAUAAGGAGAAGGUCGACGAGGACGACCUCUCUCGCCGCCUUGCUGAGCUCAAGGCCCGCGGCUGAGCACCUUUCAGGCUUUCAGCUUUUUCAGCUCUUUUGCAGAUGCCAUUCAUGCUAUGCUGCCGAGCGGCAAUUACCCAGUGUCACGUGGACUGCUACUCAUAUUUGGUAGAUUCGUAAAUACUGUGAUGCUUAAGCGUGUGUUGGCAUCGCCAUGUGGGGUCUGCGGACUUGAUGAAAACUUUGCUGUGUCAUAUUGUACUAUAAAAUCCGUAAUUUUCGGGCUUGCAAACAUUGUGGUUCCCCGUUGCUGUUUGGCCAGUCCAAAUCUCGUCUGAACAAAUAUUGAAAGCUGUCAAUACUUGGCAUCAGUUUGCCAUACCGCU